AUGACGGUUACGAAUAGCGAACAGAAAGUUACGGUUGGCGUGCUUGCCCUGCAAGGCGCUUUCAGCGAACACAUCCAACUCUUGCGCUCCGCGGCUUCGAAUAUCGCCUCCGCGCCACCAUUUCAGUUCAUCCAAGUGCGCACUCCGGAGCAACUCGAGCAAUGCGAUGGUCUCAUCAUUCCUGGUGGCGAGAGCACAACCAUGUCCCUCGUAGCCGCACGAAGCAACCUCCUUGAGCCCCUGCGCGACUUUGUCAAGGUCCAGCGCAAGCCGACGUGGGGCACAUGCGCCGGUCUCAUAUUGCUUGCAGAAAGCGCGAACCGGACAAAGAAGGGUGGGCAAGAAUUGAUUGGAGGUCUGGAUGUGAGAGUGAACAGAAAUCAUUUUGGAAGGCAACAAGAAAGUUUCCAAGCCAAUCUCAACUUGCCGUUCCUGGACGCCACAAGCAGCACUGGCAAGAGCGAUCCAUAUCGCUGUGUCUUUAUACGCGCGCCUGUAGUCGAAAAGGUGUUGCCCACCUCCAAAGCGGUUGGCAUCCAGAAGAGUGAGAGUGAGAGGGAGGAUACUGUUGUUGCACCAAGUAAGACACCCGUCGAUGAUCUGGCAAGGAAGGAAUUGGAUCGCGAAGUCGAGAUCAUGGCCACAUUAUCCACGAAUGCGAAGCCACUACAAGAUAACCAGGAGCACAAUCAUGUGGGUGCAGAGGACAUAAUCGCUGUUCGGCAGGGCAAUGUCUUUGGAUGUAGUUUCCACCCAGAGCUGACAGAGGACUCGCGCAUACAUGUGUGGUGGUUGGGCGAAGUCCUCAAGGCGGUAGAAAGAAGAGAGCAGUUCGAACUGGCGGACCGGACAAAGUGAGCUACGCAUCUUAUGAAAGAGUACUCAAGACUUGUAUUUGUAGACCGCAUUACUAGACUUCGCCCGAGCGGCAGGCGUUUUGAAGACGGCAGUAAAUUUCAAACGGUAUCUGA